AAGCAGGAGGUUCCAUCAUAUGGAUAGUAACACAAGAAAGGAAAAGAGCGGCUCAAGCGAAGGUACGAACAUUCAAGAGUCACUUCGGUAAGGUACUUAACCUGAGUCUGUGAGUCAAAAGGUCAUGCCUGACUCCUGAGUCAUCAGCUCUGGAAAAGUGUUAGCUCAAGCUGAGGGGGGCGAAGAACCAAGUUAAGAACCCCACAACCACAGGCGGCUGGCUCUGCUUAAUAACCAAUACUAUCCCAUCCAAAAAUUCCAUCCAAGCCUCAUACUUUGGACACCAUCGACGACAAUCCACAAGCUCAGCGAGUCCACAACCAAAACUUCUCACACCCCUUCGAUCCAUUUCCACUUACCCUCUUCAAACUUAUUUUACUCCGAGAAAACAAAGAGAGCCACUAUGGCGGUUCGCGCACAAUUUGAGAACUCCAACGAGGUUGGUGUGUUUUCAACCUUGACAAACUCGUAUGCUCUGGUUGGCAUUGGUUCCAGUGAGAAUUUCUACAGUGUAUUUGAAGCCGAGCUGCAAGAUGUCAUACCGAUCUGUCGGACUACCAUUGCUGGCACAAGAAUCGUCGGCCGGUUAACAGCAGGAAACCGCAAGGGCCUUCUCGUCCCUACCAGCACAUCCGACCAAGAACUCCAACAUCUGCGCAAUAGUCUCCCCGACGAGAUCCGGAUACAACGGAUCGAGGAGCGACUGUCGGCGCUCGGUAACGUCAUCGUCAGCAACGACCACAUCGCCCUAAUCCACCCAGACCUGGAGCGGGAGACGGAGGAGAUCAUCGCCGACGUUCUCGGCGUGGAGGUGUUCCGGCAGACCAUCGCGGACAACGUGCUGGUGGGCAGCUACAUGGCGCUGUCGAACCAGGGAGGGCUAGUCCACCCAAAGACAAGCAUCCAGGACCAGGACGAGCUUAGCAGCCUGCUGCAGGUGCCGCUCGUGGCGGGGAGUGUCAACCGCGGUAGCAACGUCAUCGGCGGCGGCAUGGUCGUCAAUGACUGGCUCGCCGUCACGGGCCUCGACACCACGGCCCCCGAGUUGAGCGUCAUCGAGAGCGUGUUCCGACUGGGAGAGGGCGCGGGCCCGAGCAAUAUCAACACGAGCAUGAAGGAGACCAUGGUAGAGUCGUUCUACUAGAUUGGUGAGACGGAAAGGAAGGAGAGUAAGGCGGCGGCUCCAUCGAUGAUGCUUGAUGGUUGGUUGUUGAUAUCUGAGGGAUACCCUUCCUCGACAACUAGACGAGGAGAAGGCAUGAGGCGAUGACAGACAAUGCCGCAAACUGCGGACUAAGAAAGACACGGGACCUUCCCCUGCCUCUGAUUACGCUCUCUCCAAAGAUUUUUUUUUUGGGCGGGCUGGUUUUCUCUUGGCCAGUUAGCGACGGCUCUCCUAUUCUUCGAGCAUGUACACUACGAAUAUGGCCAUGAAGAAAAUCAUCGAGCACUGUCGA